AUGCCUCCGAGACAGGACCCAACCAAUGCUCAGCUUGCUCAAGCAAUGGCUCAGCUGGCUCAGGUGAUGACCCAGCAGGCUGCCACUGCUGCUGCCCAAGCCGCGGCGCAGCUUCAACGGGAAGCUGAAGAGAACACCAGGAGAGCUGAGGCAGAUGCCAGAAGGGCACAACGGGCUGAGAGGGAGCUGGCACAGGACCAGAUCCGCAUGAGAACUAAUUUCAAUCGUCAUGGACCACCUAAUUUCCAAGGCGAAGUUGAGCCCGAGAAAGCUAAUCUUUGGAUUCAGGAAAUGGAGAAGAUCUUUGAGGCUCUCCACACACCUGACGCUGAGAAGGUGAACUUGUCGACCUUUAUGCUGAAGGGUGACGCUGAGUACUGGUGGCGGAGCGCCAGACAGCUGAUGACUGCCAACAAUGUGGCCAUCACUUGGGAGUCUUUCAAAAGGGCUUUCAUGGAGAAGUACUUUCCGGAGACUGCCAGGGAAGACAUGGAGAAUCAAUUCCUCAACCUGAGACAGGGGUUGAUGACCGUAGGGGAAUAUGCUGCAAGACUGGAGACCCUGUCCAAACACUUUCGCUUUUUCCAAGUGCAAGUGGAUGAAUCGUACCUAUGCAACUGA